UCAGAGACGGAUUGAAGCGAUCGUAACCGGGAGAAGGACAACGUCUGCCGUCUCACGUUCACAAUUUGGAGAAAGCGCUGAAAAUAUGGCGUAUCACAGUCCUUAUAGAGCGCCUCCACAUAUCAACGCCCCGCCAGACCAGGGUUUUCUGUGGAACAUCUUUCAGAGGGUUGACAAGGACAGGAGUGGAGUGAUAUCAGACACAGAGCUUCAGCAGGCCUUAUCGAACGGCACAUGGACUCCUUUCAACCCGGUGACAGUCCGAUCCAUCAUCUCCAUGUUCGACCGGGAGAACAAAGGGGGGGUGAACUUCAACGAGUUCGCCGGCGUGUGGAAGUAUAUCACAGACUGGCAGAACAUCUUCAGGACCUACGACAGGGACAACUCUGGCUUCAUCGACAAGAACGAGCUCAAACAGGCGCUGACUGGGUUCGGUGAGCAGCAAAGAUAUCGCCUGUCAGACCAGUUCUAUGGCACGCUGAUAGAGAAGUUUGACCGCCAGAGGAAGGGACAGGUGGCCUUUGAUGACUUCAUCCAGUGUUGUAUUGUACUACAGAGAUUGACCGAUGUAUUCAGGCGAUAUGACACAGACCAGGACGGCUGGAUCCAGGUGUCAUAUGAACAGUAUCUAUCCAUGGUCUUCAAUGUCGUAUAGCGCACACGGACCAACACAGAAUAGCACAACUGGACACAACUGUGCCAAUGCCCCCGGCACCUCCCCAGAUGUCCCCCAUGGCGGACACUACAAGAUUUUUAGACCAGAUUUCUAGUCUCUGUUGGUUAGGCUGCCGUGCACAAAUUUGUGAAAUUGAUAUACUGAGUCCUGUGGGGUCCCUGGUUUUGUUUCUCCUUUGAGGUGUUCUCUGCUUGGGUUUCAUGGUACCCAGUUGACAACACUUGCCCGAGUUAGCUAAGGGGGAUGCUUGAUUUGUUUAAAAAAAAAAAAUCUUGUAGUGUUUAUAAGACGACCAGUUGGAACAAUGUCAACGUGGAGGGAAGUCUGGGUUGGGAUGUAUGUGGGAUAUCACAGACAUUACCCUCUUGUCUGUCUUGUCAGUCUGUCUGUUGAUGUCCAUAGAGUUUGUUUGAUGUCUUACUUAAUGUUAUUACAAAAAGACCUGAGUAUCUGUGCUUGAGACAAACUUAUGACAUUGUGAAUAUCAUUUGGGACACACUGCAUGCUUUUCAGGGAAAUUCAACCCCAUGUUGAAGCAUGCGUUCUCUUUUUCUCUUUUCUUUCCCAAGACCUGUUUUGCUCAAAGCCAUGUUUACAAAAACUGUGAAAGCAGGCGAGGAUCUGCUUUUGAGGUUCACUGACAUGCCAGCUUACAUGCCAUAUUUGUAUAAACUUAUUUUUAACCAGCCAAUCUAUAAUUGUGGAAGCGCAUAACUUUAGGUAGUGAGUAAGCAUAAGCCUCAAGUUUGGCUUAUUUUUUUUGUGCAUGAUGCCUUAAGAGCUGUAAAAACACAAAAGAGGAAUCUCUUUUAUUAAAAACAAACAAACAAAACAUUUUAA